AUGAGAAACAUGGCGCUGUCCAUGGAGCUGCGGUGUUGGGGAGGAGGCUGGGGUCUUCCGUCUGUCCACACAGAGUCCCUCAUAGUGCUGGCUUAUUCCAAAUUUUCUGGAGCUCAUGUUAUAGCUUCUCCAAUCGACUGGACAUGGAAAACACUCACAGCAACAGUCCCAGAGUUGAUGUGUGGAGAGUCGUCUGUUACAGAUCCGACACAGAUUCUUAAUUUUCUUCGAAAGCAGCGAUUCAAUGCUGAUUAUGAGUUAACAGCACGACAGGGUGCAGACACUCUGGCUUACAUAGCUUUACUGGAGGAGAAGCUCCGACCAGCUUUGUUGCAUACCUUCUGGGUGGAUGCAGAAAAUUAUGCAAAUGUGACAAGGCCCUGGUUUGCUUCACAUUCUCCAUUUCCACUGAACUUUGUGGUCCCUUGUCGUCAUGCCAGCCUUGCCAUAUCCAGGAUCCUGCUAACCAAAGGGGAGUCCCCACUAAAUAGAAUUAAUGAAAUAGAGGCCAAGCUUUACAGUGACGCUAAAGAGUGCCUUAACCUCCUCUCAUACCGACUGGGAACAGCAAACUACUUCUUUGGCAGCUCUCCGACCAGUCUAGACGCCUUUGUGUUUGGUUUCCUGGCCCCACUAUACAAAGCCGGCCUCCCGAGCAGUCCACUGCAGAGUCACCUCAGUCAGCUGGAAAACCUGACUCUGUUUUGUGAGAACAUCCUCGCUGUCUAUUUCUGUUCCAGUCAACCCAGUUCUCCUGUCCCUGUUCAAGAAACAAAAGAUGCCAAUCUUCAAAAACUGACUCAACUUGUAAACAAAGAAUCCAACUUGAUAGAAAAGAUGGAUGAUAACCUUCGCAGCAGCAGUCCUCAGCACAAACCACACCGACCAGAGCCUAAGGCCACUUUAGCAAAUGAGAAGAACUCGACCCCUGCAUAACUCAGGGCCUUCUGGAAAAAGGAUAGAAAUAUAAAGUAUAGAAAUGAAUGCAGAAAUAAUGAUGAUAGUUUUUGAAGAUGUUGAAGGAGAGAAAAUGCAUGAGAGCUUUUUAACUAAGUUGGAUGCACGUAUGUGGUCAAGCAUGGAAAGCUUUCGAGUGGUGCUAGACAGAAAGACCCUGAAAGUUCAAAGGAAGGCCAAAGGAAAUGGAAAAACUCCAUCAGCGAAAAUAUGGGAAAUUCAAGUUGGUCAUUUUAUUUUUUAAUAUAUUUUUGUUCUAUAUUAUAAAGACACAGUUUUAACAGUUGAUUUUUAAGUUAUAAAGAUAAAAGAGUCUGUAAAUAGUUUAUUACCAGAGCUGAGCAUUUUGACUUUAUUAUGUGCAUAAUGUAUGUGCAUGUAUAUGACUGAAAGAUAUUUAGUUUGGCUCUCACAAGCCUGCUUUGUAAAAUAAGUAAGCAAUAGAAGAAGUAUAUAGAGUUAUAUAUAGUGACAAAAGAGUUUUAUAUUAAAAAUCAUGGAAGAGUCCACUAAUGCAUUAUAAACACGCCUUUAUUGAAAGUGUCAAGUGUCCAAGUAACUGUCAUUGUUUUAGUUUUUUAACUGACACAUUCCCUGUGUCUGCAUUAUUGUUAUAUGUGCCUGACUGCUGUUGUCUUUUGCCCAGUGUCUGUUUUAAAUAUGAUUUAAUUUCACAUUUGCCACAGCUGUUUUCUAUGCCAUGAGUUGUAACAUCAACUUCAUAUAAUUGCAAUAAAUUAGAACAUAAACCUAACUCUUGUUUUACAGUUGUUAAAAUUGGAUUCAACUUGUAUUUUAUAAUUUAAAAAAUGUGUUUUAUUGUUCUUAAAUGACAAGAAAUUUGUAAUUCAUUAGGGUGAUUUACAGCUGUUUUAGAAAUGUUUAAAGAACCUCCACAAUGAACCGAGCACUCUGAUGUUUAUAGUGAAUUGAAUAAAAAAAAUUUGAUCAAUAC